AUGGGGAAGGAGCAGGAGCUGCUGGAGGCGGCCCGCACCGGGCACCUCCCGGCCGUGGAGAAGCUGCUGUCCGGGAAGCGGCUCUCCUCAGGCUUCGGGGGCGGCGGCGGCGGCGGCGGCUCCUCCGGGAGCAGCGGCGGCGGCGGCGGCGGCCUGGGAUCCUCGAGCCAUCCCCUUUCCAGUCUGCUCAGCAUCUGGAGAGGGCCAAAUGUGAACUGUGUUGACAGCACUGGGUAUACACCUCUACACCAUGCUGCUUUGAAUGGCCAUAAGGAUGUGGUUGAGGUUCUUCUGAGGAACGAUGCGUUGACCAAUGUGGCUGAUUCCAAAGGCUGUUACCCUCUGCACUUGGCAGCCUGGAAAGGAGAUGCCCAGAUAGUGCGGUUGCUCAUCCAUCAAGGGCCCUCACACACCAGAGUCAACGAACAGAACAACGACAACGAGACAGCCCUGCACUGUGCCGCGCAGUACGGCCACACGGAGGUGGUGAAGGUCCUCUUGGAGGAGCUGACGGACCCCACCAUGCGCAAUAACAAAUUCGAGACCCCUCUGGACCUGGCUGCACUAUACGGGAGACUGGAGGUGGUGAAGAUGCUCCUCAAUGCGCACCCCAACCUCCUGAGCUGCAACACUAAGAAGCACACUCCCUUGCACUUGGCAGCGCGGAACGGGCACAAAGCUGUGGUGCAGGUCCUGCUGGACGCCGGCAUGGACAGCAACUACCAGACGGAGAAGGGCAGUGCUUUGCAUGAGGCUGCUCUGUUUGGCAAGACUGAUGUGGUGCAAAUCCUGCUGGCUGCAGGAAUUGAUGUCAACAUAAAAGAUAACCGUGGCCUGACUGCCCUAGACACUGUCCGGGAACUGCCUUCUCAAAAGAGCCAGCAGAUAGCAGCGCUUAUCGAAGAUCACAUGACUGGAAAAAGAAGUGCAAAAGAGGCCGAUAAAACCCCCACUUCCCAGGGACCUCUCAUCUCCAAUAUGGACUCCAUAUCCCAGAAGUCUCAGGGUGACGUGGAGAAAGCAGUGACUGAACUGAUCAUUGAUUUUGACACCAACGCUGAAGAGGAGGGUCCCUACGAGGCGCUGUAUAAUGCUGUCUCCUGUCAUUCGUUGGACAGCAUGGCCAGUGGGCGAUCAUCUGACCGAGACUCCAUGAACAAGGAGGCCGAGGCAGCAGGAGUGAAGGCUGCUGGAGUGAGGCCUAGGGAACGUCCACCGCCUCCAGCAAAGCCACCACCCGAUGAAGAGGAGGAAGACCGCAUAGAUAAGAAGUAUUUUCCCUUGACAGCUUCUGAGGUCUUGGCCAUGAGACCCUGGAUUCAGGGAAGUGCAGCCAGGGAAGAGGAUGAGCAUCCUUAUGAGCUGUUGUUAACAGCAGAAACAAAGAAGCUGGGAUCCAUGGACGGGGAUGGAAAACCAAAAGACCACAGGCGGGGCAGCAGCAGCCGGAGCCAGGACUCUGCGGAGGGGCAGGACGGGCAGGUCCCAGAGCAGUUCUCCGGUCUCCUCCACGGCUCCUCCCCGGUGUGUGAGGUGGGGCAGGACCCUUUCCAGCUGCUCUCUGCCACUGGCCAGAACCUUCCAGAAGGGUCCUCUGCACAGGGCGCCUGUCACGAGGCCAGCAUGCAGCUGGAGGAGACGGCUGUGCGUGCUCCUGGAGCCUCUCCGCCCAGUGUCCUGGACCAGAGUAAGAGAGCGGGUUACCCGGCUGGCCUGCCCACCACCAACAGCCAAUCGCACCCCGAAACUUUGACUCACACAGCAUCUCAACACCCUGGUGGUGCCGAGGAAGAAAGAGACCGGAGUGGGGCUAGGAGCCGAGCCCCUCCCACCAGCAAACCCAAAGCUGAACUCAAACUCAGCCGCAGCUUGUCCAAGUCUGACUCUGAUCUUCUGACCUGCUCACCCACGGAGGACACUACAAUGGGGAGCCGGAGUGAGUCCUUGUCCAACUGCAGCAUCGGGAAGAAGAGGCUGGAGAAGUCGCCCUCCUUUGCCUCAGAGUGGGAUGAGAUUGAGAAAAUCAUGAGCUCUAUUGGCGAAGGGAUUGACUUUUCUCAGGAACAGCAGAAGAUCUCAGGUUCGCGGACGCUGGAGCAGAGCGUCGGGGAGUGGCUGGAGGCGGUGGGGCUGCAGCAGUAUGAGAGCAAGUUGCUUCUGAAUGGCUUUGACGAUGUCCGCUUCCUGGGGUCUAACGUGAUGGAAGAGCAAGACCUGCGGGAGAUCGGCAUCAGUGACCCACAGCACCGGCGGAAGCUGCUGCAGGCGGCGCGGUCCCUGCCCAAGGUGAAAGCUCUGGGCUAUGACGGCAACAGCCCCCCAUCAGUGCCCUCCUGGCUGGACUCCCUGGGGCUGCAGGACUACGUGCAUUCCUUCCUGUCCAGUGGCUACAGCUCUAUUGACACCGUGAAGAACCUCUGGGAACUGGAGCUUGUCAACGUCCUGAAGGUCCAUCUCCUCGGCCAUCGCAAGCGCAUCAUUGCCUCCCUCGCAGACAGGCCCUACGAGGAGCCGCCUCAGAAGCCCCCACGGUUUUCCCAGCUGAGAUGCCAAGACUUGCUCUCCCAGACAUCGUCCCCGCUGAGCCAGAACGACUCCUGCACCAGCCGCUCCGCUGACCUGCUGCUGCCUCCCGGGGACACGGGCAGGAGGCGGCACGACAGUCUUCAUGACCCUGUGGCACCUUCUCGAGCGGAGCGCUUCAGAAUCCAGGAAGAGCAGCGCGAAGCCAAACUGACCCUUCGGCCCCCCAGCCUGGCUGCUCCCUACGCCCCAGUGCAGAGUUGGCAACACCAGCCAGAGAAACUCAUCUUCGAGUCCUGCGGUUAUGAAGCCAACUAUCUGGGCUCCAUGUUGAUCAAAGAUCUUCGAGGGACAGAAUCCACACAGGACGCCUGUGCCAAGAUGCGGAAAUCCACCGAGCACAUGAAGAAGAUCCCCACUAUCAUCCUGUCCAUCACAUACAAAGGUGUCAAGUUCAUCGAUGCCUCCAACAAGAACGUCAUUGCGGAGCACGAGAUCCGGAACAUUUCCUGUGCGGCCCAGGACCCGGAGGACCUCUGUACCUUUGCCUACAUCACCAAGGACCUGCAGACCAGCCACCACUACUGCCAUGUGUUCAGCACAGUGGAUGUGAAUCUGACCUACGAGAUCAUCCUGACUCUGGGGCAGGCGUUCGAGGUGGCCUAUCAGCUAGCCCUGCAGGCCCAAAAGUCCCGGCCCCUGGGGGCCUCCGCCGCCGAGAUGAUCGAAACGAAAUCUUCCAAACCGGUGCCUAAGCCUCGGGUCGGCACGAGGAAGUCAGCACUGGACCCGCCCGAUACGGACCCAGAUGCCCAGUCCCACGCCAGCGUCUCCUGGGUGGUGGACCCUAAACCAGACUCUAAGCGGAGCCUCAGCACCAAGCAGCGCCCGCGUCCUCAGCAGCUCCGCCUCACAGACACUGCGGUCCGGGAAGCCAGGCAGCUGGCUCGCUCCUCCGUAGGCUGCGGCGGGUCACCCUUCCAGCAGUGACCAGGCGACUGAGGAAGCAGAACCGUGCCAACUGGAGCACCUGCCAGGGCAGCUCAAAACGCACUCUUAGCCCUGGCCACCUCUGGCUUCCUCCACCUACAGCGUGUGCAGGUCCCACCCGACAGCCAGCUCAUGGGGACAGGCGGACCUUUCAGAAUGUUCCGCAGUUCAAACACCCAAGGAGCACAGAGGUGUGAACGAGCCACCGCUCGGGGCAGCGUCUACAACUCUGGGGCUCGUCUUUCAGGCCUCAGCUAUUAGGAACAUUACUUUAAACAAGCCUUUAUCAAAAGAGUUUCCC